UAUAUCAAAAGCUUCUUCACCCCUUCUCAAAACCCUAUCAUCACAAAGCUCUCAAUCCUGAGUUAAAAACAGAGAUGAAAGGCUACUGCACAUUUUGCUUCUUACUACUACUUCUUUCCCUUUCACUUCUUCCUCUACACCUCGUCUCCGGAAGGCACAUCACGAAGACGACCAGACCACACCACGGCGGGCACCAUGGUAAUAAGAAAGUGGAAGAAGCAGUAAUGAGUUACUACUACAGAACGGAGAUGAGGAGGAGAGCUGCAGCAGGGAGAGGAAGGGGAUCAAUGAACGGCGGACCGGAGACGGUGGAGAUAGCAGGGUCGAGGCUGCCCGACUGCUCGCACGCGUGUGGGUCGUGCUACCCGUGCCGGCUGGUGAUGGUGAGCUUUGUGUGCGCUUCCUUGGAGGAAGCAGAGACAUGCCCCAUGGCUUAUAAAUGUAUGUGCCGCAACAAGUCCUACCCUGUCCCAUAACAAAUACUACAACAACAACCUUAACUCUCUGCUCUGGUCUGGUCUCAUCGCAUUUUCGCACGAUUACAUUACAUUACUUUGUUCGUGAAACCUUCGAUGGAUGGAUAUGCGCGCUCCAUGUUUUCUUGUUUCUUUUCUUUCGAAUCUUGUAUGUACACUAUAGUUAGAAUAUCUGUAGGCCAUGUGCUUUUUUUUCUUCUUCUUCUUCUGUUGUUUUCUUGGUUCCUUUUAUUUUUCAAUUUUGUUCUAGCCUUGAAUUAAUUUGUACUCUAAAACUCCUCCACCAUGCCUUGUGUAUUCUUAUCAAAGACUUCUUUUCUGGUUUGCUUUACUACCCCUGUCGGCCUUGUGUGCUCAUUACAUAAUUAAUCACAGUUCAUGAAUGAAAAGUUGCUUGAAGA